UUUUGAAAAUAAUCUUCAAGAGACCAAGAGAGACCAUAGACGUCGUGCUCAGAAGCUUGAAGAGAAAAGCGUUCAUCUCAAUCUUCAAUUUUUUUUUUCUUCUUCUUCUUCCCUUUCGUAUCAGAGCCUUGAACGAUGUCGUUUGGAUCCUCUCUCUUGUCGCAUCCGCAUUCCGUUCGAUUCUUGUUCAACAACACCGGAAACUCUCGCUUCAAAGCCGCUGCCGAAGUUCCCGAUUCCCUCUCCGAGGAUUGGUUCAAAUCUCGCAAGAAAAGGCCCUUUGGUCCACGAUUAGAUUUUAGUGCAGAAGAUGCGGUGCAUUACCAGCUCGAAGCCUUGAAGUAUAACGAUCAACCUCGUCAAGACUAUGGAAUCGAGGUUAUGUACAGGUUCGCCGGAUUUGAUCCUUUUGAAAGGUCUACCUAUUUUGGGCCUUUCUUUGAUUUGGGCCAGUUUGAAAGGUUUAGGCGUAUUUUUCACCACUCUACUUAUCGAGUAUUGCUAGGUCACAAGGAGAGAAAGAUCAUGAGCACUUUGUUUGUCGAGGAGAACAAAUACAAGCAGCGGGUUUGGAUUCGUGGGAGUCGACCGGAGGAAGAAGAGAUAUUUCAAUUUACAAUGGUUCAGAGGGUUGGUGGAUGCUGGGAUGGUUACUGGUUGACAGAAUCUCUGCUUCACGACACUGAUACAUUUGCUGGUGGAUUAGCUUAUUAAGAAUCGUCUAAUGCAGGAAUCAGGUAUUGGCCCAGAUGAAGGUCACACUCGCUGGCACUUGGUAGUAUCAUAACAAAAAAAUCCCAGUUGUGAUUACUAAUUUGUUGAAUACUUGGAACUAAUAAUGACCUCAAAAGGGAGUUGAGAAGGGCACAAUCUCUACCUAAAGGGUGUAAGUAUAUAAAAUUAUGAGACAGGAGGAGAAAAGAGCAUGCAAAUCGACAAAUAUAUGUAUCAUGAAAAGGCUAACCAGCAAGAACCAGAAGAAGUGGAAGAGAGAUGGAGGGAAAGCCUUGAGGUUACUAAAAUUACCAAAAAAGAAAAUGAACAGAUGUUUGAACGACCUGGGAAUGGAAUUUUGAAAUCUGCAGCAGCUGGACCCGUAUUUACAAUCAUAUCUAUUUAUAUUUUUUGUUAAUGGCUUUAAGGUAAAGG